CAGUCACUCAGGUAGCAUUUUAUGAGAAGGCCACUCCUUGCAGGGGGCCUUAACUUUGUAGUAGGUUGUUUCAAGGGCAGUGUAUCACCUCUCAUCCGUAUUCAAUUUUUCUUGCAGUCUGGUGCCUGUAGGUUGGUAAAUCAAAGGAGAAGUAUGGUUUGGUCAACUGUUUACGAUACUGAUAAGACAAUGACAGACCAACCUAGUCAUCUGCCAAAAAUGCAGAUGCAAGCAGCAGAUGCAGUUAGCCACCUCGACCAUAUGUGCGCCCUCGACAUUGACUCGAAGGCUUCAUAUGUUCGUCUCUCUGGCAUCAUUUGUACGAUUGGGCCAGCAUCUCGUGAUCCAGCUGUGCUGGAAAAGAUGAUGGAAACGGGUAUGAACGUAGCGAGAUUGAAUUUCUCGCACGGCAGUCACGAGUACCAUGCAGAGACGAUAAAGAACAUUCGUGAAGCCGCAGCCAAUUACAGCAAGAAAUUGGGCAUGGAAUAUCCACUGGCAAUUGCCCUUGACACAAAAGGGCCAGAGAUCCGAACAGGGCUGCUUGAGGGGGGCGGCUCAGCUGAGGUGGAGUUGGUGAAGGGCCAGUCCAUAAAGCUGACGACAGACAAGGCUUACAUGGAGAGGGGGACCUCUGAGACUGUGUACGUGGACUACGACAACAUCCUGAAUGUGGUGAAGCCGGGAAACCGCAUCUUCAUUGAUGACGGACUUAUUUCUGUUAUCUGCACCUCUGUAGCCCCACCUCACUUGGUGUGCACUGUGGAGAAUGGAGGAAUGCUGGGAUCUCGCAAGGGUGUUAACCUGCCUGGCCUCCCUGUAGACUUGCCAGCUGUUUCUGAGAAGGAUAAAAAGGACCUGUUGUUUGGUGUGGAGCAGCAGGUGGACAUGGUGUUCGCAUCAUUCAUACGGAAUGCGGCAGCUCUCCAAGAGAUACGCAGUGUCAUGGGUGAAGGAGGAAAGAAGAUUCUUAUCAUCUCAAAAAUUGAAAACCAUCAGGGAAUGGUUAAUUUGGACGAGAUCAUAGAGGCAUCUGAUGGCAUCAUGGUGGCCCGUGGCGACCUGGGUAUUGAAAUUCCUCCUGAAAAGGUCUUCCUUGCUCAGAAGGCAAUGAUUUCCAGGUGCAACAAGGUCGGGAAGCCAGUCAUCUGUGCGACACAGAUGUUGGAGUCCAUGGUGAAGAAGCCCCGACCCACGAGGGCCGAAACCUCGGACGUUGCAAAUGCCAUCCUGGAUGGUGCUGACUGUGUCAUGCUGUCUGGUGAGACUGCCAAGGGAGACUACCCCCUGGAGUGUGUGCUGACCAUGGCAAACAUCUGCAAGGAGGCAGAAGCGGCCAUCUGGCAGAGGCAGAUCUUCAGCGACCUCAGUUCCAAGGCUGUUCCUCCGAUGGACGUAGCACAAUCAGUAGCGAUCGCCACUGUGGAGGCUUCCAUGAAGUGCUUGGCCACUGCCAUCAUUGUGAUCACCACCACUGGGCGGUCGGCACACCUAAUCUCAAAGUACCGUCCCAGGUGCCCGAUAAUCGCCGUCACGCGGUACGGACAAGUGGCUCGUCAGUGCCAUCUCUACAGGGCUAUUCUGCCCUUGCAUUACACAGCACCACCGCUGCAGGACUGGCUGAAGGAUGUGGACGUGCGUGUCCAGUUUGGUUUGCAGUUCGGCAAGUCUCGUGGUUUCAUUCGUGAUGGAGACCCAGUAAUCGUCGUCACUGGCUGGAAGCAGGGCUCCGGAUUCACAAACACGAUGCGCAUUGUUCACGUGUAAUCAUGCCAAGUCAGUUGUAGCUGCUUGCUGAAACAUUUCAUCCCAUCUUUCGUUUGGCUUUCUGUUGGCAUCUCAGUGCCCGUAUGCCGUGUAAUGUAAUAAAAUUUUGUAGCAGCAAAUGCUAGACUGUGUUGUCUGUAGACUGUCCUUCCAUAUUUAGGAAGAGUCAGUGAGGUACUGCCAAAGAUAACUACUCAGUUCACACACACCUGGAUGCUUUGUUGAGGAAUUUUACUCCUCAGUUUCAUGUUCACUGUUUCAUGGUGAAUGCACCAAAAGCUGUCCUCUUCAAAAUAUUGUUGUAUGUUCAGGCGGUGUGUGUGUGCACCCGUCAGUUUUGUGUAUUUGUGCUUUAGUUCAAUCAUGUUGUCAAUUCUAUUGUUCCUGGAAAUGAAAAAUACCCAGCCAUGCAUAUUUUCAGUAUUAAAAUGUUGGAAGUAGUUAUUGAACACGGCAUGGAAAACACUGUAAUGUAUGUAAUACAAAUAGUUUAUAAUUAAGAAGGCAGAGUUAACGUUGUGAUAUAUAUUUGAUAUAUCUAUAUUACUGUUGAACCUGUAAAAGUUAACUUUCCCCUCCAUAGAGCCUGGCAGUUUCCAAGCAUACAAUGUAAUUGUUCCUGAUGACAGUAUAAUUUUAAUUUAUUUUUAUUAACUUAUAGCUAUUUAAAAACUGUUGGGCAAUAUCUGGUUCCGAUAAUUGUUGAUAUGUAUUAAAUUUUGUGUAAGUUGAUAAAGAAAGGAAAACUACAUUGAAGUAAUACUGUAACGAAAAAAGUUGAAAAUAUACUCAGCAUAUCUGAUUGA